AUGACAAAGUCUACCGAGUUGCACUCCACCAAGCCCCAACACAAACACCGAUCAAGUGACCGAUAUUCGUCCACCACUGCGACGAAAACUCAAGUAGCCAAUAGCGUCACGGAACUCUACGCGGAAGGAAAUGGAUACCGAAAGACCAUUCGGAGGUUCAAAAAUGGAAAUGAAUUGGUUGGUAGGGAAAAUACGAGGAAGAAGAAGAAGAAGAACAAUGACAACCAAAAACGAGGAGAAGAAACAAUCCCAACCAACAAGUUCUUGAAUGAAUUGAAUCGCUAUCCAGCACUCAUCUUGAAUGCCGAUUAUCAGCCCAUGUCGUAUUUGCCAUUGAGUGUCUCUCACUGGCAAGAAGCCGUCAAACUGAUCUUUAGUGGAAAGGUGGCCGUGGUCGAUGUCUACGAGGGUGUCACCAUUCGGGCUGCCAGCAUUGAGGUGCCACUCCCCAGUGUGAUCGCAUUGAACGAGUAUGUCCCACAGUGCAGUCACAAACCAGCAUUUACCAGACGCAACGUCUUUUUGAGGGAUGAGUACACCUGUCAGUACUGCAACGAUCCCUUUACUACCAAGGAUUUGUCCAUUGAUCAUGUGGUGCCACGCAGUAUGGGCGGAGUGUUGAAUUGGGAAAAUGCAGUUACUAGCUGCCUCAAGUGCAAUGGACGCAAGGGCAGCAUGCUCCUGUCCGAUUUGAAAUCGGUUGGAAUGAGGCUACAGACCAAACCUCGUGCUCCAACGCGUCAUGAACUGGCCAUCAAAGCAGGAAGAAUGCUCCCUCAUCGAAAGUUUCAUCCCACUUGGCAACCGUAUCUAGGGGCAGUCUGGGGGGGAAAUGAUGACAAUACUCCAACCCCCGAUUUGGAAGCUCUGGGCAUUAGUUUUCAUGAGGAUGGAGACACAGCAACAACAGAACCAAAGCCACGCAAAAAGGUUUCCAAGAACAAAAAGAAACGAGUCAAAAGGCAGCAGGAAAAGAGCAGCAAGGCACAGAAGAAUCUUUUGGAUUCUAGGAUAUGA